AUGGCCGAACAACAACACUCGCCGCGCAGGCGCGCUUCCAUCAGGCGAAUGCGAGACCAAGUCGACCUGACCGACCGACCGUCCAUCAUCGACGAGUCGGCCAAGGCUCCUCGUUGUUUAUAUUGCGGUUCCGCUCAUCGUCGAUCCACUUGCCCCGCCUUUCCAUCUCCUCCUCCCGCCGUGCCGCAGCGAAGAGUAGCGCUAUGGUUUCUGGUAAUACUAGUCGUCGGCGUGGUCAUGGCAGAUUUGGCGACGAUGAAAGACUGGGUGAUGGGGCGGUUCCUGGAGCCGCCGCCACUGCCGCCGAUACCAGCAGCCUACGACUACAACGCGGUGCUGAACGAGACGCUGCGGCAGCGCGAAGAGUCGCUGGCGAUGGAUAUUGCGACGCCGUACACGGGUGGGCUGAAGGGGCUGGGGCUGAAGGGUCUGUUCAAGCAGUAUAUACGGUUGCGCUUUUCCCUGCAGGACGUGACCGCGGAAUACAGCAAUUUAUGGGGCCCGGCCGAGGCGCGAAACCAGACGGCGGACCGCUUUUACGACCAGCUGGACGCAACUAGAAAAUACGUGUGGGAGCUAUUGGGCGAGGUGGUAGGAAUGGACAUGGAAAUGGGAUGGGCCAUAACUGAAGCGUCCGAAAGAGUCAACAGUACAGCCAGUGACCUAUCGUUGGUGCUUAAUAUGCCAUCUAACGAAGUCGUGGAGAUCUGGGGACCCCAGCCGCGGCGUUCAAACCCAAUACCUGGCUUGCGUACCGUACCGGACGACGACGACGGCGACGACAUCACGCCCGACCCCCAGCUAAUACGCGACCGUAUCCUAUGGAAAAUAGUAUGCAACUGCCAGGCCUUUAUUAUAAGCAUUAGCAAAGGCCUACUGAAGAAGCCGCUCCAGGCGAGAGAGAUGAUUAACGCUACUAAGCGUGAAUUUAAGCCGGUCGAGGAAUUCAUGCGUAAAGAAUUAGUUAUACGCAAGGACAUGGCUAGAGUAAUUAUCGAUAACAUCCACCAGCGCUACAAUACGUCGAUGCAGGAGUGGGGCGCGUCGCUACCAAACCGCUUGUACCGCUCGCCUAGCGCCUUAAUGGGCGUCCUCGGCUGGUAUCUGGACGGCCAAGACCCCCCCACCUGGCCCUUCUUCGACCUCUUGCCCCACCGCCUCAACAUGGACAGGCUUGAGCGCGUCGAGGCCGGAGUCAUCUUCUUCCAGGCCAUGAUGCGGUCCAUAGAAGCUCACCUCGCAGAUUCGCGCAUUCUAAUUGGCUAUACCGCCACGCGCCCUGCCGACGUCGACGCCAAUCAUCCCUGCCCGUUGCGGUUGGCCAACGCCGACAAUUCGACGCAGCCCCAGUCGCCUCAUGAAAUGCUACUCAUCCUUGAGAAGCACGUUGCCGCCUUUGCUAUUCAAAUUCACAGCUGGGAUGAGGAGUUGUUCCACAACCAUGUCCAACAGGCGUGGGAGAGAAGGGAAGGGGAUCUACACCAGGGUGGCCAAUCGUCCGUCCUUUUGGGCGCGCGCGAUUGGCUACAUGAUUUAGCAUCAAUCGCGCGAUUGCUUAUAUAA